UUUGCAUCACACUGAUAUACAAUAUAUGUAUAUUAGCGAUCAUAUCAGUGUUGGAAUAACAUUAGGCUUGCUGUCAACCAACGAAUUCAGACUUCUGUCAACUCUGUGGGACAUUGAAUGAUUGAAAUUAGAUAUAUUUGAAAAUGUCUCACGUGCAAUAUGUGGACGAAUUGGUCAAAGAAUAUUUAUUAUUCCGAGGAUUUAGUCAAACCCUAAAGGCCUUUGAUAACGACCUCAAAGCUGAGAAGGAAAAAGGAUUUAGGGUUGACAAAAUCGUGGACCAAUUAAUGCAGUACAUUUAUAACUAUGAUUUAAAUGCGCUACGAGAGUUAUGGGGUCACUUGGAUUUACGGAUGUUUUCUCGUUUGGAGAAUCACUUCGCCCCGGGUAUCAGGAAAUUGGAGAAUGCUGUGCUGAAAAUGUAUUUAGUAAACGCUGCUGUGAACAACAAACAGGAACGUAUUCAGGAAUUUUUCACAAAAAUGGCACCCGAACUCCAGGGACAUUCCGAAUGGAAGGAAUGGUUUGCCCUGCCGUUCAUAAAAAAUCCAGAGGACAAUCCUGUUUAUUCUGUCCACUUCAGCAGGCAAUGGCAAGACACGAUGCUAGUUUCCUUGCAUAAUUUUUUAGCUACUAUAUUCCAGUGCAUGCCACAGCCGACAUUGUUAACAAUAGAUGAAGAUUCUAUACGACUCAAGCGUCUCCAAGAAGAAAAUGAAACUCUGAAGCAGAGGCUUGGGGAGGCAGUGAAAUCAGAGACAAUAACAGACGUGAAUGCAGGGCCUGUACCUCAACAUCCGCCAAUUAUGGACGACUUUUACAUUAUUGCUCAAGAAUCGCCAUUGACUGAGAACCCGAAGACAUUGAAGAACCUGAUAAAAAAUAUAGGCGGUGGUUCUAGUCCUAUACUGGGUAGAAAGCCUAUAGCAAAUGUUAAGAAACAGUUUGAGCCUGAGCAAAUCACCAAGAGACUGAACACGAAGUGUAGGAUGAAUUCCCUUAGCAAGUCAGAGGCUGUAGCAAAGAGGAGUAUCAGCUGCGAUUCAAGGCUGAGUGGUUCCAGAAAGAGGGAUUCUUCUAUUGACGCUACAUUUGAAAGGAAAAGCAAAGAAAAAAUUGAUGCCAGUUACAUACUCCUCAGUCAGGAGGAAUACACCGAACAUAGGACAUCGAUAAUUCAGUGCAAAAGCAACGCGAGUGGUUCGUAUGUUGCGACUGGUGAUGCGGAUGGAGUCAUUAAAAUCUGGACGCCGAUUCCAUCUCCAAAAACCGUCGCUACAUUUACCUCAACAACAGCGAAUUCUAAUAACGCGAUAACUGCUCUGGAUUGGAUAGCGAAGAACGAACGAUACUUUUUGCACGGAGAUAAUAACGGAUUAAUCCAGCUACACGAUACACGGGACACUAAAAAAUUGUGGGAAAUCCAACACGAAGGGUCCCGGAUAGUCACUUUGUUGUGCAAUCCAACAGAAUCAACUUUCGUUUGUUCAGUGUCAAAAUCCAGCCAAGGGAAGCUGCUCCUCUAUGAUGUAAAGACCAAAAAAUUAGAGAGAACUUUACCUCUGGAACAAAAUUUGACCGCUCUCUGUUCCACUUUCAAUCACAACGGCAACCUUCUUAUAACUGGAUUAUCCAACGGAAACAUAGUUAUACACGAUCUGAGGAGGAACGAGAUAAUAGACAAUUUCAACUGUCAUUCAAGCCCAGUUAUUGACAUUGAAUUGAUAAAUGACUUCACAAAUAUAUGUGCUCAAAGCGAGGACGGACGAUUAUGUCAGAGAAGUUUAAAACAAACGAACAAAAAUACUUGGGAGACUAAAGUCAAAGUAGAAAAAAAUGCCGUUCACGGAAAACUGUUCACUUUUGACCAAAGCGGAAGUCAUAUGCUGCUUUGCACCCAGUCGGGUGGUAACAUUUAUAAGAUGCCACCCGGCACGCACAAGGUAUUGGAACUUGGGGGACACAGCGGGACGCUCUGUUGCGACUGGUCGACAGCCAAUCAAUCGGGCACCUGUAUUACAGGGGGAGCUGAGGGCAAAGCUAGAGUAUCGACGCUUCUUUCACCAUGAUACAAAAGCAAGAUAAGCCUUUGUGUACACUCGUAGGGUAAUUGUAUCAUGCCUCCACUUAAUCGGUUCUUUCUGCAUAACCGACAAGAAUUGAAAAGUAAUGAUAUAAAAAAUUUUGAUCCGAAGUUUUCUUCAUUCGGAAUGAACUUUUGAUUGCUGACAGCGUUUGGAGCUAGAAAACCAUUGUUCUUAGUGUUAAUGGUAACCUACAGAAACUGUAUGAAUGAGUAUUGAUCAGAUUAUGUUAUCUAUUUUAUUAGGGGAAAGUAGACCUGCAAUAUUGCUUCAUAGAAUGUGGUAGUAAUAUUAACACAAUUUAAAAGGACUUGUGAUAGGGUAUGAGGUACGAAUGAUAUAGUCUGUAAAAACUUGAAUGUUUUAAAUAUUGAUUUAUAUCAUAAUUCGUCCAGAUAUAUUAAUUAAAUAACUAUGUACAUUUACAACUGAUAUAUUACGUAUAUGAUGAGAAAUAAUCCAAGUUCUGCCAAUGAAUUUUGCAAAGUGUCAAUUUUAUUGCAAAAAAAACAAAGAGAACAACUGUAACAUCAUAAAAAAAAAAAACUAUCUGUAAAAACUAA